AUGCAGUGGUCUGCCCUUCUCGCCGCUGCGGCGCUGACGCAAAAUGCUGCUGCCCAGAACAUGUUACGAUUUGCUUGUUCACAGCUUGUCGUUGAGAGAACGGAUCCUCUUGUCAAUCCGGGCAUGAAGUACACGCCGCAUCUCCAUCAGAUUGUCGGAGGUGAUGCUUUCAACAUCAGCAUGGAUCCGUCCACCGACCUUGCCAAAUCGUCGACGUGCACUUCUUGCAGUUUUACGCAAGACAAGUCCAACUAUUGGACUGCAGUCAUGUUUUUCAAGGCUAAGAAUGGCACUUACAUUCGCGUUCCCCAGAUCGGCAACGGAGGACCUCAAGGCAAGCUCGUCAACGACGGCGGUCUUGACGUCUACUACAUCCCCAGCGGCAAAACCACUGCCUUCAAGAAAGGAUUCCGCAUGCUGGUCGGCUCAGCUACAAACACCGACAGCAGCAAAGUCAAGCUCGCCAACAUCUGCCACCGAUGCUGGACCUCCCCUUCGGAGAGCACUUUCGUCGGCGGCGCCCCCUGCUCCGGCAGCGACACCGUCGCCAUCCCCAAAGACACCAAGUGCAAACUCAUCCGCCAGACCCUCAUCUUCCCCGCAUGCUGGAACGGCAAAGACCUCGACUCGCCCGACCACCAAUCGCACGUGGCCUACGGCCAAGGCUCCGGCGCCAACGGCGGCGGCUCCUGUCCAUCCACACACCCCGUCAAGCUGCCGCAGAUUAUGUACGAGGUGAUGUGGGACGUGAACAAGUUCGCAGACAAGUCACUCUGGCCGACCGACGGGUCCGACCCGUUCGUGUACUCGAUGAACAUUGGCGGCGCGGCGGCGCACGGCGACUAUGUGUUUGGCUGGGAGGGCGAUAGUCUACAGAAGGCUAUGGAUAAUAAUUGCAAUUUGAACACGGCGUGUCCCAAGGCGGGGUUGACGGUGCAGCAGCCGGCGACGUACAAUGCGUGUAAGAAGAAGCAGCAGGCGCCCGAGGAGGUUAAUGGAUGGCUUACGGAGAUGCCGAUUGGUGCCAUGGCUAAGAAGGCUUAG